CUCUUUUCAAAUGUCAUUUCCCUGCAGUCAUUGCCAAGGGAAUGGCUCCACAACAAAGGAUCCUCUUUCCCCCGGAGAAGAUUUGCAUGGAUUGGCAGCAAAGACAGAGAGCUGGAGCGGGACUGCACAACAUGGGCAAUACGUGCUUCCUCAACUCCGUCCUGCAGUGCCUGAUGUACACAGCCCCUCUGGCCAACUACCUGCUCUCUCGUGAGCACAGCCAGUCGUGUCGUCAGCAAGACUUCUGCAUGAUGUGCGUAAUGGAAGCGCAUGUUAACAAGGUCCUGCAUUCCUCAGUCAGUGCCAUCCAGCCUAGCGCUGUCAUCAACGUCCUCACACGAAUAGGAGAACAUUUCCAGCUUGGCAGGCAGGAAGAUGCCCACGAGUUCCUACGCUUUACUGUCGAUGCCAUGCAGAGAGCUUGUCUGAGUGGAAGCAGCGAAUUGGACAUGUCUUCUCAAGCAACUACCAUCAUCCAUCAAAUAUUUGGGGGCUUUCUGAGAUCCAGAGUCACGUGCUUGAGCUGCAGAGCAGUUUCCGAUUCCUACGAGGCUUUCCUGGAUGUCCCUUUGGAUAUAAAAGCAGCCUCUUCUGUCACUGCAGCUCUGGAGGACUUUGUGAAACCGGAGCAGCUGGAUGGUGAAAACUGCUUUAAAUGUAGCAAAUGUGACAAGAUGGUUGCCGCCUCCAAGAGGUUUACAGUCCAUUGCGCGCCCAAGGUUCUCACAGUGUGUCUGAAGAGGUUUGAAGGCUGCACCGGCAGGAAGAUCAGCAAGGUUGUGGAGUAUCCCGAGUACUUGGAUCUUCGGCCAUACAUGUCCCAGACAGCCGGAGAACGGCUCCUCUACACCUUAUAUGCUGUCUUGGUGCAUCAUGGUGACAGCUGUCAUGCAGGACACUAUUUCUGCUACACAAAGGCCAGCAAUGGACUGUGGUACAAGAUGAACGAUAUGGCUGUGAAUGGUUGUGGCAUCCAGACAGUUCUCAGGCAGCAAGCCUAUUUACUGUUUUAUGUCAGGAGACAAUUAUUACCUGCAUCCUUCAGUGCUGUUGAAUGUGAACUACCCCACGUCAGUCCUUAUCUUCCCUUGCUGGGCUUCAGGCUGCUGCCCUGGUGUAAAGUGCUACUUGUCUGCUGUCUGAAGCUGGCUAAUGUAGAGAAGACCAGCACCAGCCAGCUAACCCAGGCAGGUGCACGGGAGGCAUCUGCAGGCUGGCCAGGCAGGCUCAGCAUCGCCUCCUAUGUGGGCUCCUGCUUGCAUCGCUUCUUCUGCGGCUGCCUAAGGCUGGUGUCCAGAAGGAAAGCUGCGUGCCCGGUCCGCUCUCCACCAUUUGCCCCUCUGCACGCUGUGCAAGAAGACAGCAACAAAGAGGAGCAGGGAUUCAGCCCUUCUUCCCGCUGCCAGAGGAACGGUGCCAGGGAGAGGGCCCGGAGCAGAUCCCUGCAGUGGGGAAGAGAUGUCCGCAGCUGGUUGGUGGACACCACAGACUACGACCACUCAACAGGGAGGAGGAGGAGGAGGAGAACUAGUCCUCCAAGUCGUGAUCACGCUCCCAGGGAUGAUGCUGCUCCAGGGCCCUCCAACGGCACCUCCCAGUCAGGUGCAGAGGAAGGCUUCUGCAUGAUGUGCAUGACAGUAGCGCACAUUGAGGAGGUCCUGUCUUGCUCGGGUAGUGCCAUCGAACCUACGUCUCUCGUCAAUGAGCUUCCAUUAACGUGCUUCAGCUGCAAAGCCAUUUCAGACACCUACGAGGCAUUCCUUGAUAUUCCCUUGGAUAUCAAGUGUGCAGAGGGGCAAAUGGUGGAGAGCGGACCGGGCACGCAGCUUUCCUUCUGGACACCAGCCUUAGGCAGCCGCAGAAGAAGCGAUGCAAGCAGGAGCCCACUCAUUUUCUUGGAGCGGUUUCGGCAACUGACAGAAGACGUAACCAGGACUACAAAUGGGAAAAUUGAUUGGGGUCUGCCCCUGUCAGAGCAAGUCCUCGUCUUUAUCGUCCCUACGGCCUCCAUUUCAUAG